AUGGCUUCAUUGGAAGACGAGCACGCCCAAGUUUACAGACAACUGGUAUCAGUGAUAGAUCAACUGCUAGUGGCAACGAAGAGGGUCAAAUUAGAAGAGCUUCCGCAGACGAUUGAGAAGGAGUUCGAUGAAGCGUUGCAAAAAAUGCCAGAUCUUCAACUUGCUCUUCUGCACGCAGAAAUUCUUAAUAAGGAUUCAGAGGAGACGGUAAAUUCAUUUAUAGAGAAAAUGCUGAAUAUCAGGCUUCGCAUAAUAGAACAGCACAUGAUAACAUAUCCCAUACUGCGCGCUAUCCACACAGAUUCUGACUCUGAUAUAGCCAAACUAGCAAAAGAAUGCGACACGUCCAAUAAGUCUCUUAUGGAUGAACUGAACAAAACCGAUAGUAUUCAUAGUUUCCUUGAUGAUACAGUUGCAGACGUGAACAAGAGCCUUGGGGGGCUUCGUGGAUUGAUACAAAACUAUCUGGAUCUGGUGGAGGAAAAUAAAAACCUCUCUUUUCAAAAUAAAAUUAGAGAGGAAGAGCAGAUUCCGGAACUGGAGCGGUUGAAAGAGAGAUACACUCAUCUUAUAAAAAAGAACCUAGCCUUGAGCAGUUUCAACAUCAGUCUCAUAUCUUCACUUUCCAAAUCUGAUGUGUACAGUGAUUCAUAUUUGCGCGAGACACUGCUAUUUUGUGGUGAUUAUGAUGAUUACAAGCUUGAAGAAUAGAUAUUGAUCGAAGCAUGAUCUAUGUCUAUGUACAUUAGAGACCUAUAUUAACAAAGAGUCUGUUGUUAACAACCUCCCAAUUGAUACAGUUCCAGAAGUUUUCUAGGUAAUCGGCUUUACCGUUGACUCCAUAAUCCUCGAUGUAGGCGUGCUCCCAUACAUUGCAAGCCAGUAGGGGAACGGUAUAGUCUUUAAUUUUCCGGCUUAAUCUAUCCUUGUUGGAAAUGAGUUUUUCAAAGUCCUCAAUGCUGAUUGCGCCAUUAAGGUCGGAGGAUUGGUUUCUGCUGUACAAGUAUGGGGUGCCAUCGUUGUUGCAAGAGAUAAUUUUAACCGUUUUCUCCUGUGUCUCCACAAGAAAAACCCAUCCAUUUCCAGUUAGUGUAUCAGCGGCAUACAAGAAGUCAUUUCUGAGAUUUUCUAGUGAGCCAAAGGCUGAGGAGAUGUGUCUUUCGAGACGCGAUUUGAGCGCCGGUGGCUCAGUAGAAGUGUCCUGCAGUUGUUCGAAGAACAAGUGGUUAUUGUGAGAUUGCGAGGCGUAGUGGAACAGUGGGCCUAAUUCGGGUUUUUUCGCAGUGGCUAGGGUGAUAGCUAGUGGCGUUCUUGUCUCGUGCUCCGUUCCAAUGGUUUUGAAAGUGAGAUUAGUGGUCAGAUACUUCUGGUAGUCUGUCCAGCUUGUUUUGUACUGUUUUGGAGACAUCAAGCCCUUGAUUCCAUCUUGCGACCACUGCUGGUGGUUCUUAAGCCUGGGAACCAGGUGAAUUCCCCUCGAAAACACUCUAGACAAA